AUGUUAUACUGCUAUGAUAUAGAAAAAACAAUCAAACACCACAAGCUGAAGAGCCUCAAGGAUACUCCCGGUAACGCAGAAGAGAUGGUCAAGGGGAAGAGUAAGAAGCUUAGCAAGCGCUUCAGUCGCACUCCGAAAGGGCCGCGGAGGAAAGGGAACGUGCUGAAACCUGAAGUAUCACAGGCGAAAAGGGUGCCAAUGCCACCAGACUGGGUGCGCAUAUCACCGAGUGCCGGAGAGAUCAUCCAACGGGCGAAGCGGUCUAGCGAGUGCAUUUGCGUUACCAAAGCCAAUAUGAAUGGGUACGCGUUUAACGGCGUGGGGAAGGUAGGUGUCUGGGCACCAAAGGAUAUGGUGGAACGUUUUAGGCAGCAAAGUGCUCAUGCCAGUACCACACAACUAAACGGCAAAACAUAACCCAAUAACACGAUCACUAUAGCAAAAGCCAAGAACCCAAUCACAACCAGGCAGCACGAAUACACCGCAAGACACACUACAGACACUCUGCCAACUGCAUCAGCGCAGCCCAACGAGAGACUCGCGAGUGCCACAGUCAACAGAUCAAACACAACCACAGCCCCAGCAUACGCAUCAGUGGCAUAGCCAGGCGAACGAUGGCACAGACCUAGCACAGAAGUACGUGGGUCAUUCUACAUGGAACAGGAUUACGCGGCACAUCCUAAAUGAUACAGAAUUAUGCGACACAUCUUAGUUGAAACAGGGUUAUGCGACACAUCCUAGAUGAAACAGGAUUAUGUAACACAUAAAUGAAACAGAAUUAUGUACUGCUGCGGUUGGGACUGCGGCGUGGUUGCAAAGGAAUAGACUGCUCAUGCAUAGCCCAGUAGACACAGCUGAGUGUGUGUACACUAGUAGCAAGACGGGGUGUAUGUGUAGCAUUGCCACUGGUUAGUCAUGUAUACGAUUAGUGGUAGGCGACUGAGUAUAAGGUCACAUACGAUUGUAUCUCACAAACCUGUGAAGCACGGGCUAUGGUGCGACAACUCUUGCCUAGGGUUGCCAUGGCGACGGAUGAGCGUAUUACCCUUAC